AUGCCCGAGCGUGAUCUCGAUCCCAACCUCAUCCCCUCGCUGGGCAGCCACCCCUGGGAGCGUGGUACCCCAGAACUGCGGCCAUCGGGGCUCCCCGCCUUGGGUACCUCCAGCAAGGACGCGUGCUCGGAGCAAGCGUGCGGCUCUGGCCUGACUUUGACGGCAGCGACUUCUGCCCGCAUGAAGCGACCCCUGAGCCCAUCCCACAGCCCCGAGAAUGGGGUGCGGCUGGUGGAGGUGGCCGGCUGCCCACCGAGCCAGCCCGAGCAGCGCAUGAAGCGGGAGAAGAAGCACCAGUCGUUCACGCUCUGCGAGGUCUGCAACAUCCAGCUCAACUCGGCUGCGCAGGCGCAGAUCCACUACAACGGCAAGUCCCACCAGAAGCGCCUCAAGCAGCUCAACAAGGGGAAGAUGCCGGCAGUCCAAGGUCCCUCCGGACACAGCAGCCCCCUCUUAGCAUCGUUGCCCAUCCCCGGCCGUCCCCUUCAUCCCCCCUUGGACAUCAAGCACUUUCUGACCUUCAGGCUCAACGGGACAUCACCGCUCAACCUCUUCCCCAACUUCAACACGAUGGACCCGGUGCAGAAGGCAGUGAUCAGCCACACCUUCGGCGUGCCUGCCCCGCUCAAGAAGAAGCAGUUCAUCUCCUCGCAGGCGAGCUGCUUUGGCCUCCCCCGGGGUGGCUGCACCCACCCGGAUGCUGCGCCCUGGCCGGGCUGGCUCUGCCUCCUGUGGAGGUGCCGUCCCAGCCUGGCCAAGCUGUAUCAGCAGAGCCUGGGGCUGGGUGCUGCUCUGCCAGCAAAAAACCAGGCAGAAGCUCACUACAAGGGCCACAAGCACGCACGGAGGCUGAAAGCCAUCGAGGCCAUGAAGAACAAGCAGAAGGUGGUGGGGGCUGCAGCGGUGGCCACCGGCCGGGACGGCACAGCCGACUUCGCCCCCAGCCCUGAGGGCAGCGGGGAGCCCGGCAGCACAGCUCCAGCCGACGGCCUGCAGGAGCCGGAGGGCGAGUGCAGCAGCCUGGGGCUGACGCCCAGCGCCGAGGAGCCGCCCGAGUCGGGCAGCAGCGUCAGUUCGGCCCCCGAGAGCGAGAAGGAGGGGAAGAAGAGCAAACAGCACCUGUACUGUCCCACCUGCAAAGUGACCGUCAACUCCCUGUCCCAGCUGGAGGCUCACAACACCG